AAAAUGCCGGAGGCGGCAGUGGAGGGAGGGGGGAAGAGAGCGAGAAGGGCGACGGCGGUCAGCUCACGCCACUCGAUUUCUCCUCUGGGAGCCUCGAGGUUUGGAAUCGAGGUCCUAAGUUCCGACGUUCUGAUCCCGAUUUGAAUCUGGAGCACCAAAUUUGAGUCCCCUUUUUCGCCUGGGGGCCCGCCGCCGUGGGAAUGGGGAUCGCCUCGCAGGAUGCGGUGGAGCAGCUCUCCGCGCUCAUCGAUCAAGGUGGAUCUUGUUAGUUGUUGCGGUGGAUCUCAAGCUCAAGCAUACAUUUCAGAAUAUGCACCAGGGGAAUCCGAAACAUACUUUGAUCCGCUUUCUCAAGGCUAGAGAAUGGAAUGUGCCUAAGACAAAUAAGAUGCUAGUGGAGUGUUUUAACUGGAGGAUACACAAUCAAAUUGACGAUAUCUUCUCUAAACCUAUAACACCGGUGGACCUAUAUAGGGGGAUUCGUGACUCACAGCUUAUGGGGUUGUCAGGGUAUUCAAAGCAGGGUAUUCCUGUCUUUGCAAUAGGUGUUGGUCUCAGCACAUUUGACAAAGCUUCUGUUAACUAUUACAUCCAAUCACACAUUCAGAUGAAUGAAUACCGAGACCGUGUAGUCUUGCCCGCUGCAAGUAGGAAAAAUGGGCGAUACAUUGGCACAUGUUUCAAAGUUUUGGAUAUGACUGGUUUAAAGUUCUCAUCCUUGGGCAAUUUAAAGUUAGUAUCCCUCAUGGCUACUAUUGAUGACUUGAAUUAUCCAGAAAAGACGGAGACUUAUUAUAUUGUUAAUGCUCCAUAUAUCUUUACAGCUUGUUGGAAGGUUGUGAAACCACUUUUGCAAGAAAGAACCAGAAGAAAAAUUCAAGUAUUGGAUGGUUGUGGUAGGGACGAGUUAUUGAAGGUAAUGGACUAUGCUUCCCUUCCCAAUUUCUGUAAAAGAAAUGGCUCUGGAUCAUCUCGCGAUUCUUCUUUGGAUUUGGACAACUGCUACUCCCUCAACCAUCCCUUCCACCAAGAACUUUAUAGCUACACCAUGCAGCAGGCGAGAUCCAAGGACCCCCUCAUCAAGCAAGGCUCACUUCACGUAGAUGUGCCUGAACCAAACCCUGAGGGAACAGAGAUCAUGAAGACAAUACGGUCGGAACUUCACAAGAUCGGGAAUCAGAACGGUAUAACCCACUCAUUGAGCGGCCUGCAGAUCGACAACCUAUGAAGUGCUUAUCGGAAGGAAGAAGGAUCAUUUGAAGGUGCUUUGCUUGGGGUUUUUCACCAUGAAGAUAACUUGGGGGAGCGGCUAUUGUUUCGACAUGCCUAAACCCAAAGUAAUAAGGGCUGUACACCCUUUGCUUUUUCGAUAAACAAAGCGGGAAAGGAAAGUUGUGUAAUAUGAAGUGCUAAACUAGUAGUAUUGCAAAUUGGAAUGUUAACGCAUUGAAUAAAGGUUACUCUGCCAUAAUUAUUAUUCA